ACACCAAGUGAGCACCUUCUCCCACACUGAGGGCCAAUUUCUCUUCACUCUCUCAUUUUGCUCUCUUGGUUCCUCACAUUUUGUUUUAUUCCAACUCUCUUUCCAUUUAUACACAAACGGGAGAGCAUAAAGUCAAUCUUAUCUACCGGCAAGCUGUCGAAGAGCCACCGACAACAUUGAUGGCAGCCACCAACACAACCACCCUAUAAUAAGAUAGCUUAGCUGAAAAUUUCUAGCCCAAAUUUGUAGCCUUCAUUCUUGACUUCUAAGGCUUCCUUCACAUGGUCCCAACUCCUCACAUGAAGUAGAAACCCAACACUCCCAAGUCUCAACAUACUAAGUUGUAAGAAUGAAAAUAAAUGUACUAACCCUUUUUUUCUUAAGAAAUCAGUUUUUGCUCGGUCAUUGGAUUGCCCGGAGACAACCAUAUCCAUCUGAUUGAACUUGACAACUCAUUGGAGGAGGGUGCAAAAAGACAUGAUUAAUGAAAUAUAUAAUUUCAAUUUGAAGACAGUGGUGGGAACACACAGAUGAUUGCAUAUAGCGAGGGGCAGUAUCGGAUUUUUGGUGAGACUAUAGAUAUUGCUGUUGGGAAUUCCUUGGACCGGUUUGUGAGGGUUCUAACACUGUCUAAUGAUCCAAACCCUGGGUACAACAUUGAGCAGCUUGCCAAGAAAGGAGAAAAGUUUAUAGACCUUCCCUAUGUUGUCAAAGGAAUGGACGUUUCGUUUAGUGGAAUAUUGAGUUACCUUGAAGCCAAUGCUGAGGAAAAGUUAAUAAAUAAUGAAUGAACCCCUGCAGAUUUAUGCCAUUCUCUUUAGGUAAUCAUUUGGAAUGCUUUCAACUUUUA